AUGGAUAUUGUUUUCAGCUAUUGGACGGUUGCCGCAGGCGUCGUGGUGGUAUACGAUUGGGCACUAACAGUCGGACAAGAGAUUGAACUUAUAUGGAAGCAACGGUGGUCUCUCAUGACUGCGCUUUACCUGGUUAUACGCUAUAUUGGAUUACCAUACUCUAUUAUCAACGUUCUAAGCUAUAUUAUGGACUACGCACUGGAUGUGACAUGUGUGGUCGUAGCUGCCAUGCUGGGCGUCAUCAUGAUUGCUCGGCUGCAUGCCAUGUAUCAGGGAUCUAGAACGAUACUGAUCUCCCUUGUUAUUAUAUUCCUGGCCGUUAACAUCACCUAUGGAGUCAAUGCGGCAAUAGCACUCAGACAUCUUGUAGCGCAGGAACUGAUACUCUCUGGCACGUAUAUGUGCCGUUUUUCAUUUGAGGGAGAUGGCGAACUUCUGUUUUUAAUGGUUUGGAUGAUCAACGCUGUUUGGGAGCUCCUCGCACUGUAUCUUUCAGUCUGGAUUGUUGUGAAACAUUUCCGUGACCUGCGACGACUCGGCUCGUCGACAGGAUCGACCAUCAGGGACUGUUUCAGGGUGUUGAUGAGAUCUCAUGUGCAUUAUUUUGCAUGCUUCCUUGGUGCCUCUUGCCUCGCCUUUAUCACUGGCGCUCCAGAGAUUGAGACUUCGAGUUCCAUGGAAAUUUUGACACUCGGUGGUGCACUUCAGGUUUUAUUUGGCGUGCAGGCGUUUGUGCUGGGGCCACGCCUGAUCCUUAGCAUACGACAAUAUCACGCUAAACUCGUGGCCGAAUCUGACGCUGAAACUAGUAUGGAUCCGAUUGCCUUCCAGGAGCAUGUACAUGUAUCAACUAGCAGUACUGUGUAG